AUGUCGAUCAUUCCCAGCUUCUUUGGUGGCAGACGAAGCAGCGUCUUCGACCCAUUCUCUCUUGAUAUCUGGGACCCCUUUAAUGACUUCCCCUUUCCAACUUCAUCCGAUGCUUCGAGGGAAACCUCUGCUUUGGUGAACGCCCGUGUGGACUGGAAAGAAACCCCGGAGGCGCACGUGUUCAAGGCCGACCUCCCUGGAAUCAAGAAAGAGGAAGUGAAGGUGGAAGUUGAAGACGACAGGAUUUUGCAGAUCAGCGGUGAGAGGAAUGUUGAGAAAGAAGAUAAGAAUGAUACAUGGCACAGGGUGGAACGCAGUAGCGGGAAGUUCACAAGGAGGUUUAGGUUGCCGGAGAAUUCGAAGAUGGAUCAAGUGAAGGCUUCAAUGGAGAACGGAGUGCUUACAAUUACUAUACCAAAGGAGGAGGUGAAGAAGCCUGAUGUUAAGCCUAUUCAAAUCUCUGGUUAG